UUCAUGCUGUCGAAAAUACGACAUAUAUCCUCUACCCUCUCAUUACUUCACUUGAAUCACGACGGAAAAAAGCGACACACGUCAGUCACACAAUUUUCGAGGCAUUUAUUUUUUAUUCUUUCCGUCUUUGUGUCUGUCAGUCAUAGUAUUACAUAAGAUAAGAAAAGAUGUAUGUCACCUGUCGCGAGAUUGAGGGCCUCUAAACAUCAAAGGGACGUUACUUAAAAAUCACUUCUGACAUGAACUACAUGCCACUAUCAUAAUGUACAGCAGACACCGUACGUCUGAAAAAUCAGGGGAGAAAGAUAUGGAGGAUCCUCUAAUGAAGGAUGUGUCCAUUUAUAUAUCGGCGGUAUUGUUAAAAGCGUGCGGAGCUUGGAUGGAGACGGGGAAAUAUGCCGAAUAUCGAAGAAUAUUCAUUUCUCAGUAUACGAACGUACUACUUGCCUUCGGCGUGUACGUGAAUAUGACGGAUUGUUAUUACAGCUGGGGCGAUUUAGGGCAUUGCAUUUUCGUGUGUCUUAUUGCACUCGCUAUAGUUCUUGGAUCCAUCAAGUACGCCAAUUUAAAUGUUCGGAGAAAAGCUGUCGCCGAUAUAUUACAGAGCGCACGGAAACUCAUUUGGCUUCAGAAUUACAACGAAGAAGAAAAAAAUAUUUUCCUUGUAUGCCAAAAGCUUAGCAAAUACUACGCUUAUCUCUUGUACUGGGUGGCGCAGUUUACUUUCAUUGGCUAUGUAUCCGCCCCUCUCAUUGCUAACAUCGGAAGGAAUAAGUCGGACAGACUAUUUCCAUAUAGAAUGUGGCUCGAUUUACCGUUAACAGAAACCCCAUAUUACGAAUUAACAUUCACUGUGCAGGCAAUGUGCGUAUGUCAAAUGUGCGUCGUGUAUAUCGGCAACGACACGAUUUGCGGUGUAUUGAACAUACACAUUAUCGGCCAGUUCCGCAUUCUACAGCAAAGACUAUUGAAAUUGUGGCCAUCCCAAGAGGACGAAGCGAACGAAAUCCGUUACACGCACGAUUAUUACACGAGGAUGAAGACGUGUAUCCGGUACCAUCAAAAGCUGAUCGAUUUUAGCAACGACCUCGAGAGUAUCUUCGCGUUGCCGAUUCUCGCUCACAUAAUAGUUUUCAGCAUGAUGAUGUGUUUCAACAUUUUCGAGUUGCUUCUGGUGAAGGUGCCUUUUGCUAUACAGGUGGUAUCUAUUUUUCAAAUAGUUGGCUCUACUAUCCACGUACUUAUCGUCACGUACAUGUGCGACGGUUUAAUGGAAGAGAGCGGGAACGUCGGCAUGGUAUCGUAUACAGGCUGGUGGAUGAACUGUCCAAUGAAUAGAACCGGCGUGAGACUGCGGCACAAUCUGAGGAUUAUAAUGAUGAGAUCCGCGAGACCGUGUCGCCUGACCGCCGGUGGAUUCUUUCCGGUGACCAUGGAAACUUCCACCGCUUUAUUCAGUUCUACAAUGUCAUACUUUACUCUAAUAAGGAACUCCUCUAUGGCGGAGAGUGCAUAAGUAAACGCGCGUUCAACAGUAGAUGGAUCGUAAUCGCUGAAUAGACAAGGAAGUGGACAAAUAAAUGUUUAUGGUACCUAUUUCAAAAUGGACUUGUCAAUGAUACGAGUUGUUGCCGUUGGAUUUCACUUUUUGCAAAGUCUUAUUUUUAGACAGUUUCCUCAAUUUUAAUUGUUGACACCACAUUGAAUCUUAGCAUCUGACCAUAGUUACGGUUAAAAAGAAUGUGUACAUUGCGUAGUAACAAAUUCUUACACUCAAGGAAAUAAAGAAGAAUCACAUAACAUUAUUACUUGUAUUUACUUUAGAAUAAGUUUCACGCUAUUCGAGGAUCUCGAAAGAUAAUACUUACUGCUAAGUAUUCGAAGUUUGUCAGCUGUUGCGCAUUUAACUUUAAAACUUAACUGUUAACUAAAAGUUAACUGAAAUUUAUUAACUGACAAGAGUAAAUAUGAUUAUCUUUACAAAUUAUAAUAAUUAAUGAUGAAUUUCCUAACGUGUGUAUAAUUUCAGAAACUGUGAUAUUUUCGAAUUGCAGACGUAUUUCACUAUAAUGAAACACAGCUUACCGUGGAUGCAAAAGGGACACGGACUCGGAAUCGUUGUGAACCAAUGACUGAUAUGCUGCGUAUAUUGAUUUGUGAAUAAAUGUUGCAAACGUUCAUAGUAAUAAAAGACA